ACUCCUUAUUACCUUCUUAAUUUGCAGUUUCUUUCUCCACUGAAAAUGAGCUCCAAUUCUCUUAUGCUAACCCAACUCAUCAUCAUCAUGUUGAUUUUUUUCAUGGCUAAAAUAACCCACUCAACCAAAGUAAAAACUUACCUGCACCCUCAUUCAACUGCCUCAAAUGACUGCGAGAAUCACUGUGGGAAUGUAAGUAUUCCAUACCCAUUUGGGACGAGAGAGGGUUGCUAUUUAAGCGAACAAUUCUACAUCCAUUGUAACACCACAUAUUCUCCCCCUCAAGCCUUUUUAAGGAAGGGCAAUAUUGAAGUCACGGAAGUAUCAUUGUCAGGUUACAUUCGAGUGUUGCUUUACGUGGCCAAAGCAUGUUACAAUACCAGUGGUACUGUUACGUCUGAAUUUGAACCGUCUGCCUCAAUAGGCGACAACUGGAUAUUUAACAGCAGUAUGAAUAAAUUCAUAGCUGUUGGUUGUGACACUUUUGCAACCAUUGAAGGUGAUUAUCUUGGCGGGUUAUACAAAACCGGGUGCGUAUCUUCCUGUGCUAAUAUGGGCCAGCUCUUGACCACGAAUGGUUCUUGCUCUGGCGUUGGUUGUUGCCAAAUUCCCAUUCCCAGAGGGAUAUGGAACAUGAGCAUUACCGUCCGGAGUUUAAAUAGAUACAAAGAUGUGAGGGGCGAUAUAGAUAGGUGCAGCUUUGCUUUAGUGACUGGGGAAAGUGCAUUCAAAUUCACCCGUGAUAAUUACACACAGCUAAAAAAGGAUGAGAGUUCGCUUCCAUCUGUAGUUGACUGGUUCAUUGGAAGUAUGUCAUGUGAAGAGGCUCAAAAGAACUUGAGUGGUUAUGCUUGUAAAAACAAUAAUUCUCAAUGUUACGAGCCCUUUACUGGUUCUGGCCUUCCUAGUUACUACGAUUUGUCUGGAUAUCGUUGUUCUUGCGAAGCAGGGUUCGAGGGCAAUCCAUACAUAGAAGGGGGUUGCAAAGAUAAAGAUGAAUGUAAAAAUCCUGAUCAUCACAACUGUAAGGAAAACAGUGUAUGUAAUAACACACAUGGAAAUUACACUUGUACUUGCCUUGAUGGAUUUCACGGUGACGGCAGAGAAGGUUGCACUCCAAAUCCAGUACAUGAUCGAAUUGGAAAUGAAGUGAACAAGCUUUUGGCAGGUGGUGUUAUCGGUACUACGAUUCUGCUAGUGACUGGUGGUUGGUUAUACUUUGCAUUAAUCCAGAGAAGGAAAAUGGCCAUGAGAAAGAUCAAGUUCUUUAAAGAAAAUGGUGGAGUAAUGUUACUAGAGCAACUCGUUCGACAAGGGAAAUCUACUACAGCUGUGAGGAUUUUCACAAGCGAGGAACUAAAAGAAGCAACCAACAACUAUGAUGAAAGCAGAAUUGUAGGUCAAGGAGGUUUUGGCAUAGUAUAUAAAGGGUAUUUGCCAAACAACGAUAUUGUCGACAUAGCCAUCAAGAAGUCUAAAAAAAUUGACGGGACACAAACUGAGGAAUUUGUUAAUGAAGUGAUUGUUCUUUCGCAAAUAAAUCACAGGAAUGCGGUUAAACUCUUGGGUUGUUGCUUCGAGACAGAAGUCCCAUUCCUCGUCUAUGAAUAUAUUGAUAAUGGGACUCUUUACGAUCAUUUACAUGAUAAGUUCAAGUUAUUGUCCCUACGGACCCGUUUGAGAAUAGCAACGGGUACCGCUGAGGUGCUCUCCUAUUUGCACUCCGCGGCCUCUACCUCAAUUAUCCAUCGCGAUGUUAAGUCCACCAACAUACUCCUUGAUAGUACCUAUACCGCGAAAGUGUCUGAUUUUGGUGCAUCUCGGUUGGUUCCUCUUGAUGAAACUACUUUUUCUACUAUGGUGCGCGGGACAUUGGGAUACUUGGAUCCUGAGUACAUGCAAACGAGUCAACUAACUGACAGAAGUGAUGUUUAUAGUUUUGGAGUUGUUCUCGCGGAGCUUCUCACGGGUAAGAAGGCAAUAUCAUUCGAUAGAUCGGAGACAGAGAGAAGUCUAGCUAACCAUUUCCUCUUGUCCAUAGAGGGGAAUCAUUUACUCGAUGUUCUCGAUUGCCACAUUUUGUCCGAUAGAAACACGGAACAUCUAGUUAGAGGAGUGGCUAUGCUCGCGAAAAGGUGCUUGAAUGUGAAAGGUAAGGAUAGACCUACCAUGAAGGAAGUGGCAACGGAGUUGCAAGGAUUACUUCAGAUAAUUUCGUCAAAUCAUGACUCGGAAGAGUACUGCUGCUAAGUUGCUGAUGAGAAGCUAACAAGCUAUAGAUUUAGCAAUGAUUUCAUCAUGCCUGAUGAUUGUCAUAGUGACGAGCUAAAGAUGCUGCCAUCAAAAUAAGGCAGAAUACAUCGAUAACUCCCUUAAAUUUGUUAGUGAAUUUCAUUUAAACAUUUGAACUAUGAUUUGUUUUAAUUGAGCACUGUUAGUAAUUUUCUAUUUAUGGAUUCACAUAUUAAUAUAUUUUACU